AUGAACAUUCAUCCCGAGCACCGGCGAGUUUCCUACAUCGUCAGAUCUACGCAUCAGACCCUGAUCGGCGUAAUACAUCUCGAGGCUUCCUCACCAACGAGAGCAAGCACAGCCAGCGCUGCUACGCAACAGUCAACCACGUGUGUAGCCAUCUCAGCCUUGAGAUCCACAACGAACAUUCGUGCAUACAUCUUCUUCGAGACCAUCAGACGCGGUGACUACGACACAAAAUCUCAGUCAAGGGCAAGUGUAGCCAUCCCUAGUGUCCGCCGCCAUUCUCUGUACGGCUGUGCCAUCCUCUCCUCGCCACUCAAGUGCAAGGACGGCCAUAUUGGCGGCACAGUCUCGUCGUCGAACUCAACGGACGACGACAGCCAUAUUGACGAUCUUGGCGUCAAGUACAAGGACGGCCAUAUUGGCGUCACAAUCUUGUCGUCGACUCAACGGACGACGACAGCCAUAUUGACGAUCUCAUCACCAAGCAGCAAGCCCGGCCAUAUUUCAAACGGCUCGUGCUCAUUGGCACUACCGAAGCAUCGGAUUCUCAUCAACGAAAGGUGCGACCACGAGUUAAAUCUCCCGGUCUUCUCUGGCAAAUACGACGAAUGGUUCCCAUUUUAUGAUACAUUUCAUUCGGUUAUUCAUUCUAACGCGAGCCUCAGUGACAUUCAACGUUUCCAGUAUUUGCGUGCAUCAUUGACGGGCAACGCAAGCAGUGUCGUCAAUUCAUUGGAAAUUUCGAGCGCUAAUUAUAUGAUCGCGUGGGAGUUACUAAAGGAACGCUAUGACAAUAAACGCGUUAUCGUGCAAAAUCACAUCAAGGCUUUAAUGAGCUUACCGUCAAUGAUGAAGGAAAAUUCCUCCGAAUUACGCCAAAUUGCAGAUGGCGCUGCUAAGCAUUUACACGCGCUGGAAGCCUUGAAACGACCUACUGAUAAGUGGGACGAUAUUUUAAUAUACGUGUUAAGCUCAAAAUUCGAUAACCUCACGCUUCGCGAAUGGCAAUCGUCACUCACGGGCUCCGAAUUGCCCACGCUCAAACAAUUUUUUACGUUUAUUACGCAUCAUUGCCAAACUCUUGAGGCAACUUCCAAGUCAAGUGCUCACGCUGCAAAGAGCGACUCAAGGCCCAACCAAUCGGGUCCUCAAUCGAAACGUCGUUCGUCCUGUACCGCUACGGUCAAGCUCAAGUGCAACUAUUGUCAGGGAGAGCAUUUGGUAUACAAUUGCAGGGAUUUUCUGGCACUUCCGGUCACCCAAAGAGUAUCUGAAGUCCGCGGUCGUAAGAUGUGUACAAAUUGUCUGCGUCCCGCUACUCAUGCGUCUGGCAAAUGUACUGCGGGAUGUUGCAAGGUGUGUCAAGCAAGGCAUAACACUUUGCUACAUGUGAGCACUCCACUCAAGUCAUCAAAUGACAGUGCAACCAAGGGUGAUGACACGCAACCAGCCGUGUCUUCCACCGUCUUGGCAACGCAUGCCAUCAGUCAGCGCGGUAGCGAUCAUCGUGUUUUAUCCACCGCGGUUGUCUACGCCUUCGAUCACGAAGGCUCGCCCAAGUCUUGCAGGGCGCUACUAGAUUGCGGCUCACAGGUCAAUUUCAUUUCUAGAAAAUUCAUAGAGUCCCUCUCCUUGAGACCAAGAAAUCUCAAUCUCUCGAUAUCCGGAGCAAACGGUGCUACCACUACGUCUUCACAAGUCGUUCGAUUAAGAAUACAAUCAAGAAUAAAUUCUUAUACGACGGUUAUCGACUGCGUAGUUGCCGAUCAAGUCACGGAUAAGGUUCCAAUCGUUCCUUUCAAACGUAAGGAUUUCAAAUUUCCUCCCAACAUUCGAUUAGCCGACCCGCAGUUUCACACCUCGUCAGAAAUCGACUUAUUGAUAGGGGUAGACAUUUUCUGGGAACUGUUGUGCGUAGGUCAGAUAAGGUCUUCACAAUUCCAUCCGACUCUUCACAAAACUCGCUUUGGAUGGGUUUUGGGCGGUCGUUUUAAUUCGGUUGAAACUAUUUCCAGGGUGCAAUCCUGUCAUGCCGCUAUAAGCAAUACUGCGUUACAUGAACAAUUGAACAAGUUUUGGCAAAUGGAGGACAAUCUCGCGCCUUCGAGCAAUUACACGCCGGAGGAAGCAUUUUGCGAACAGCAUUUCUUAGCAAGCGUGACGCAAAAUCACGAAGGAAGGUACAUUGUCAAGCUCCCGAUCAAGGAGCAUCUUCUUGACAGUCUCAAGGACUCCAAGGUAAAUGCCUUGCAAAGAUUCACCUCUUUGGAGAAACGCUUCAAUCGCGAUCCGUCAUUAAAAAUUGAGUACUCGCGCUUCAUGCAAGAGUACAUUUCCCUGGGCCAUAUGCGCCUGGCAGACCCGCAACCACAGGAAGAAAGUGUGUCAUUUUAUUUGCCGCACCAUUGCGUGUUCAAGGGCCAAGAUCGUAGUUCAAAGAUACGCGUGGUUUUCGAUGCGUCGUGCAAGAGCCGCAAUGGCUUAUCACUCAAUGAUGUGUUGAUGGUCGGCCCCGUCGUCCAACAGGACCUAGCUACAAUUCUGAUCCGAUUCCGCACUUUCCGAUACGUUCUGGUUGCCGACAUAAUUAAAAUGUACCGGCAGGUACUACUAGAUCCCUCGCAAACACGUCUACACAGGAUACUAUGGCGCGACAGCUCUGAUACCAAAAUAAAUACUUAUGAGUUAACUACCGUGACUUACGGGACGUCUACAGCGUCAUUCUUAGUAACAAGAUGUCUAAAGCACCUUGCUGAACUUCAUGCUUCAAAAUAUCCCGCGGGUUCAGUUUGUGUGCAGCGCGAUUUUUAUGUCGAUGACAUGCUCACGGGAGCAGAUAGCAUUCAAGAUAUCGAGUCAAUUCGCGACGAAACCAUACAGCUGCUCCGCUCAGGAGCGUUCGAACUAAGCAAAUGGGCGUCGAAUUGCCCCGACAUACUAACUUCUCUGAACGAUCAGAAUGACGUAUUGGUACAAAUAAGCAACCAGACCGAAUCCUCAGUGCUGGGGGUUCAUUGGAAUCGGAUCGAGGAUACUCUCCAUUUCUCUUGCAAGCUCGAGUCAUCGUGCGGCGUUGUGUCCAAACGUACAAUAUUGUCUGAGGUAUCUAGAUUAUUUGAUCCUCUUGGUCUCCUAGGACCCUCCAUCGUCUCAGCAAAGCUCAUGCUACAGGAACUAUGGCAGGCGGGAGUCGAUUGGGACGAAUCCGUUCCGCAGGACAUCCAUACCCGUUGGUCUGAUUUCCGAGCGCAAUUAUUAGAAAUAGGUCAAUUGCGAAUAUCAAGGCGCGUUAAAUUUAGCACAGAUCCUCGAUCAGUACAGCUGCAUGGCUUCAGCGAUGCCAGCGAGCGCGCAUAUGGCGCCUGCGUGUACAUGCGCGCUGUGAUCGGCCCGAGUCAGUACCGCACGGAAUUGGUAUACGCGCGAUCUCGCGUAGCGCCUAUCAAGGCAGUGUCACUUCCUCGUCUAGAGCUAUCCGCAGCCUUGCUGCUGGCUCGAAUGAUCUCUAAGAUCAGCAAUUCCAUUGAUCUAACAAACAUACAAAAAUACUAUUGGUGUGAUUCAACAAUCACGCUGAACUGGUUAACGUCGUACUCCCGCAGGUGGUCUACAUUCGUAGCCAACAGGGUUGGCGAGAUACAACGCUUGAGCGACACCAGUCGUUGGCGUCAUGUGCCCUUUCUUAGUAACCCGGCCGAUCUUAUAUCACGCGGUCUGUAUCCACGCGAGCUGAUUAUUUCUGACAUGUGGUGGCAUGGACCAUCCUUUUUGCAAUCUAGCGAAAAUUCAUGGCCAGACAGCGGCUUUCCACAAAUGGAAGGUGACAUCCCAGAGCAAAGGAAGCUCGCCAUGCCUACAGUCGUAACUGAUUCAUCAAUCGUAGCCGAGCUGUUGAACAAGUUCUCCAAUUUGAACAAAAUAUGCCGCAUCGUAGCUUAUUGCAUCCGCUUCAACAAGACCCGCCGACCGACGGUAUCAUCUAGACAAAUUUCUCCCCCAGAGGCAUCCUACUCGCUUGGCAUAAUAUGCAAGAAUGUGCAAAGGCAUGCCUUCACACAAGAGUACAAGGCUCUUAAUGAGGGAAAACCCAUAAGCCCAACAAGCUCUCUUCUCGCCUUAUCCCCCUUUAUUGACGACUCCGGGGUCAUGCGUGUUGGGGGACGUUUAAAAAAUGCCGGUUCGCAUCCGGACGUCUGUCAUCCAAUCCUAAUUCCGCGCCAUCAUAUUUUAACACGUUUAGUCAUAGAACAGGCUCACGCCCGUACCCUGCACGCAGGGACGCAGGCAACUAUGGCCGCCGUCAGACAACGAUUUUGGCCGUUGGCCUUGCGCUCAAGCACGCGCAAGGUCAUCCAAGGCUGCGUGAAGUGCUUCAGAGCGAAACCCCGUCAAUCCGAAGCUUUAAUGGGAUCGCUUCCAGCUAGUCGAAUCAGGGUCUCUCGACCGUUUUCACAAUGCGGCGUCGAUUACGCUGGCCCAUUCUUGUUGCGCGAAGGCAAGAGACGUAACGCGAGGCUUCAGAAGGCCUACGCCUCCAUAUUCGUGUGCUUUGUCACGAAAGCUGUGCACAUCGAGCUCGUGAGUGACUUGAACUCCUUUAUAGGUGCCUUUAAACGUUUUUUGUCUCGUCGCGGCAAACCAUCGCGUAUGUUUUCCGACAACGGAACCAACUUCGUAGGUGCCCGGAGACAACUCAAGGAGUUUUACGAAGCCUAUCUUAAGGAAUCCAUUCAGUCCAACUUAAAAGAAUUUUGCUCUAGUCAAGAAAUUCUUUGGACCUUGAUUCCACCGAAUGCCCCCCAUUUCGGCGGGUUAUGGGAAGCGGCGGUGAAGGCGAUGAAAUAUCAUAUGACUCGAAUAAUAGGAAACGCGCAUUUAACUUAUGAAGAGUUUCAAACCGUUUUAUGCGAUAUCGAAGCGAUAUUAAACUCCCGCCCGAUCACUCCAUUAAGCGCAGAUCCGAAUGAUCUUGCAUGUUUGACACCAGGUCAUUUUCUUAUUGGCAUGACUCUCGACAGUUUUCCCUAUACCGAUUUGAGCGACGUGCCUGAAAAUCGACUCGUUCGCUGGGAGCGUGUAGAACAAUUACGUCAACAUUUUUGGCGCAGAUGGGCAAAUGAAUAUGUUAGUUCUUUACAGGAACGAUCAAAGUGGAGAAACAAUAAAGGCCCCCAACUGCAAGUAAAUCAACUAGUCCUUUGUAAACAACCAAACGCACCUCCCAUGCAAUGGCCCAUUGGACGAGUGCACACAGGUUCUGAUAACGUCGCUCGAACCGCUACUAUACGAACUGCAAGGGGAGUGCUCGUCCGGCCUUUAGCAAGAUUAGCAAUCUUGCCGCUCGAAGAAGGUCUGACGACCACUAACAAUCCGUAG